CACAACUGCACGUCCGUUAUCAUCUCUCCCAUAAGGCCUCUGCUUUUCUCUCCUCACUCGCUCGACAGAGCGUCUGUGCUCUUCAGUUCUUUCUCCGGUGACUCCAAUCAAGCACAAUGCUACCGGCCCAGCGUAACAAGGUUGACAUAAGUAAACUCACGGAAGAGGAGCAGAAGCUCUUCCGUCUUUACGGGAAGCUCCCUACGCAUAAGAAUGUCUUAAUGAAGAUGCAAAAGGAUCGCAAGUACUUUGAUUCCGGAGACUAUGCGCUCUCGAAGGCGGGUGUGGCUCCCCAGAACGCCGUCGGGACUGCGAUUCCCAAUCCGGAGAAUAUUCCGCAUGCGUCGUCCCCUCCCGUCUCCCACCAGCCAAUUUCUGUCUCGCCAACCAACUCUAAUAUGAGCCCUGUCAAGGAGAGCCCGCUCGCCGAGCCGGAGGUAGCGGCGAAUGCACCAGUUGCGUCCACAGAGCCUGUGGAGUCUGAGGAGCCACCUGCCGAAGCAGUGGAGGAUGAGCCCAUCGAGGAGAAGGAAGAAUGAAUAGUUCACAGCCAUGAACCCGCGGCGACAGGCUUGUUCAAUCGGCUUCGCUAGUGGGUGUUUGGAAGGUGGCAGCUGUGGAUUUUGAUUGUGUGCAAGUCCUUCCACUAUAUGCGCCCCUUUCUUUUCGUGUCUAUGUUCGAUAUGUACCAGUAGCAUACGACCCUUCACUCGCUCUCGAUUGACUGCCCUCGUUCGACGAUACUAUCUUGGAUUAUUGUCAUCGUUUCGAAAUGAAGUUCACGAGAUUGCGCAUGUCGAUUUC